CUGUCAUUCGCCAACCUGUUCAUUCGAGAGAGGAGCAUCAGCAUGUUUAAUAUCAAGCGAUACGACGCCGAGGAGGAGACGUCCAAGGGGGCCCAUACCCAGCAUUCAACUCCAUCAGCGUCUGCACAGGACCGGCUCGCAAAACUCAACGCCCGUUUGAACAAGAACAAGAGUAAAGGUCAGGAUACGACUGUUACGCAAGACCGGCAGGGCGAAUCUUUACAAAAACAGAACCAACAUGUCCGAUAUGAUGGCACAAAGCAGCCGUCAAUACCAGAUACCAAGAAAUCCGGCGCCAGUGUUAUAGAGAUUUCGUAUAAGCGCGGCAGGGACCAGGAGGAGGAACCGCGGAAGAAUGGAAAGAAAUGGGAGAAGAGAGCCAAAGAAUUGAACGAUAGGGAUCUGAUUCCGAACGACGUCCGCUUAGUCAUGAAGGCAGAGGCAGAGGCGGCUGUAGCAGCAGCAAAAGGAAUUCUCAGGCCUGUCACAACCACGCCAUUACCGUCACUAGCACCGGCAUCUGCAGAUCAGGAUCAGGACCAGGACGAGGAUAUGGAGGCCGAGAUUCAAGAAAAGGAGGACAGGCCAUCAAACGAAAUUGAACAUGCAGAACAAGAAAUCGACGGCGUUAAACAAUUUGUGGACGAUGCAGCCGCUGAUGCCGCCCUCGCAGAUCUCGCCCUCGUACCUCUUCCUACCUUUGAGGCCAAAGAAAUCUCUGCCACAGAACGAGAGCGCGCCAAAUCCAUGGGUAUUCCGGACUGGCUGGCACAUCCGACAAAGAUUGAACCAGAAACAAACACACCGAUCGAGGCGCCUAUGUUCAGAUUCUCACAGAGGCUGAUCAAGCAGUGCAAGAAGGCUGGAAUCGAAGAGUGCUUUGCGGUCCAGACGGCUGUGAUUCCCGUGUUGAUGAGGGCGAGGCAUUUGGGAGACGUUCGCAAAGCGCCAGGCGAUCUCUGUGUGUCAGCGCCGACUGGAAGUGGAAAGACGCUGGCCUAUGUUCUUCCUAUCAUCGAGAUUCUCUCGCAGCGCGUGGUAACGCGACUCCGUGCUCUUGUGGUCCUUCCAACGCGCGACCUUUGCAUUCAGGUCAAGGAGACAUUCGAGACAUUUGUCAAGGGCACAGAUCUCAAAAUCGCAACCUCAACCGGACAAAAUUCGUUCGCACACGAGCAAAGCAUUCUCGUUGGCGAAGCACAUGCUACAGGAUCUCAGGUCUUGGGUGGCCACAGUCGAGUCGAUAUCUUGAUUACAACACCUGGACGACUGAUCGAUCAUAUCAAGUCGACGCCUAACUUUACAUUGCAGCACUUGAGGUUCUUGGUGAUCGAUGAGGCGGAUCGGCUGUUGAACCAGAGUUUCCAGGACUGGCUGUACCAUAUCUUGACGGCGAUUCAUCCUUCACCGGAGAGACGAUUGUUGGGAGUAAACGGAUCGGAGACGAUCCAGGUCAAACAGGAUCAAUAUGGGUUCCCAAUCCACGAUGCCAUUGCCCCAGGAUUCUUGUCUUCGUUUUUCCAGUUGCCUGAGUCAGAUGUCGAGGAUCCAAAGGCGCUCUCGGUACAAAAGCUGCUCUUCUCUGCAACGCUGACCAGGAAUCCCGCCAAGAUUGCAAGUCUCCAGCUCUCAGACCCUCAAUACGUGGCGGUUCAGGAGGGAGGACAGGACGGAGAUGAUAAGCAAAAGUAUACUACUCCUGCUGGUCUUACGGAAAACAUGGUUGUGUGCGAGACAUCCGAGAAGCCAUUAAUGGUGUUGCAUUUGCUGCACCAUUUGAACGUUCGUUCCGCCUUGUGUUUCACAAAAUCCGUGGAAUCUGCGCAUCGCUUGUACAAACUGGUGCAGCUCUAUGAAAAGAUCAGGACCACGACAUCAGCUCCGACCGCCACCACUGCAUCAGAAACGAAUGACAUCAAAGAAAUCCAGGAAGAUAAGAAAUCUGAAAACGGCGACGAGGACGACGAGAGCAGCUCAAGUAGUGACAGCAACGAUUCGAGCGACUCUAGUAGCGAUACCAGCAGUGACGACUCGGAAGCCGAAGAUGAAGACGAAGACGAGGAAGAGAUGGAAGAUAUCAAAACGUCCACGAAACCAGCGUUGAGCUCAGCACCCACAGACAUGGAAGUCGACAACGAUCUAACAUCAGCAUCCACAGAGCCCUCAUCUGCGGUCCCAGAAAGCACCAUCGUCGUUGCAGAAUACUCUUCCGACCUGCCGAAAUCUAAACGCCAAGCGAUCCUGCGGGCCUUCAAUAAGGGCGAGAUCCAUCUUUUGAUCUGCUCAGAUCUCAUCUCUCGCGGUAUGGAUCUAGCUCCAGUCUCAGUGGUGAUCAAUUAUGAUACUCCAGUGUACAUGAAGAAGUAUAUCCAUCGUGUCGGUCGUACAGCUCGUGCGGGCAAGUCGGGUACGGCUUAUUCGCUCGUGGAGAUGCAGGAGGUACGACACUUCAAAGAGAUGCUUUCCAAGGCUGGCCAUUGGGAGAAGAUCUCAAGGAUCAAGGUCAAGGAGCGGGAGGUGAAGGACUUGAUACCCGUGUAUACAAAGGCUUUGGGAGGGCUCAAGGAGGCACUGGUGGCGUCUGCAAGGGUUGGGAAGAUUGGUGGGCGGAGAGUGCACAAGUGAACGCAGGACAACCUGAC